CCACAACCUCGAGUUGCAUCCGACUUUGACAUAUACAGAUGUAGCCUCAAAUCGAACCAACCCCUCUAUUGCAACGAAACCUCCCCACCGCCCCCCCCUGCCCCGCCGACCUUACUUACCAAAUGACAUGAUCCGUCUCUCCGCCCUCUUCCGCCUACCCUCCAAGGUGAAGCGGCGCGCCCGUCGGCACAGGAUGGCCACGCUCCUCCUGCUCUGCUUCCUACUCCUCCUCCUCCUCCUACCAUUCUACAUCAUCUACCGCCCGCCACGGCUCCUCAUCCGCUACUUCCAGCACCGCUGGCCCGACGUCCUCUGGGAGGUCUCGAUCCCCCAUUCCUCCUCGAAGCCCAACGGUGGCGACAAGUACAUAGCGCUCACCAUCGACGACGCGCCGUCCGAGCACACGCGCGCGAUCCUGCAGGUCCUCGAGGACAGCGACGCGCACGCCACCAUGUUCGUUAUCGGCGGGCAGGUCGAGGGCCGCGAGGACGUGCUGCGCGAGGUGGUGGCGCAGGGCAACGAGCUGGGCAACCACGCGAUGCACGACGAGGCCGCGCGCGGCCUGGACCUGGACGUGCUCGAGGGCCAGAUCGAGCGCGUGCAGGGGCUCAUACGGCAGGCGUACGCGGACGCCGGCCGGCCGGAGGGGCCGCGGCAUCAGUACUUCCGGCCCGGGUCGGGGAUCUUCAGCACCGAGAUGCGGGCUAUGGUCAGCAGGCUGGGGUACAGGCUCGUGCUGGGCAGCGUCUACCCACAUGACCCUCAGGUCCCCUACUGGUGGCUGAACGCAUGGCAUAUCCUCAGCAUGGCCAGGGACGGCGGCAUCAUCGUGUGUCACGACAGGAGGAGCUGGACCAUACCCAUGUUGAAGAAGGUGCUGCCCGAGCUCAAGAGGAGGGGCUACAAGGUGGUGACCGUCUCCGAGCUCCUGGACGCCGCGAGCCGGCGAGCCGAGUAGCCUGCUUGGGCUGAGGUUGUGGCUUUCAUACGGUCUGGACUAGAUGUUCUUGAGACCUUUUACGGAGCUGCGGGACCAGCAACUUGUGUCUUCUUUGCAAAAGAGACAACCCCCCCCCCCCUCGAGUGUCAUAGAUUAGGAAGAAUUCAGCAUUGGAGGAGGGUUGUCUUUUUUAAGGCGUUUAUAUGUGCUUCUUUGAUCAUGGCAUGGAGUUUAUCGGCGUCGGAACUACAAUAUAGGAUGAAAAUAGACCGAGAACGGAUACACUGGGCAGGUUGACCUACC